AUGGGGUUCCUUAAGACUUCAUGGCUAUUGGGAGCUCUCCUAAAUGCUGCUGGUGCUAUUGCUGCUGUUAGCAACGACACUGAUUAUUUUCAGAGCUCAGAUUUGGUGAACACCACCGCAUCGGCUGCCUGCCAGAAAGCGCUCGUCAUAAAUGUGACCUGCUACCGCGAUUUGCUAGCCGCCAUCACCAGGACCACCUCGUGGUCGUUGGACGCGCUAUCUCAGAUCUGCGAUGAUGCUUAUACAACCUCACUCAAUAGCUGGGUAUCGUCUGAGAAUUGGGUUUCUGCAGCAAAUGCAGGCGCUUCCUCCGAUGCGGAAUAUGAGCUAAAGCACCGUCGGCAACUGGUGGAAAAGUGGGCUUCAGCCACACAGGAAUUUCGUGAUUCGUACCAAUCGCGUGCACCUGUGAGUCUUCCAGGCACGGAGGGGUCAAGAUCAAGGGGUGAACAGAUUGAAGGUCUUCGAUACCCAGCCGAAGCAUUGGAACGUAUCUACGAUACUCUCCAGCCAGACAAUACCAGCGGCCUGAUUUGUAUUGCCCCUGUCGAUGAGAACCAUCCUGAAAAUCGAGCGCGAUUGGUGAAAUUCGCGAUCUUGUUGUACGACUAUGAUAUCGAAGCUGGGCACUGUAUCGAUAGCCACAUCCCAUCGGAGGCUAACCUUAAUCCAGCAACCACUAAUGAUUCAUCAGUUGAGGAUUUUCUGCCCUGGGCAGAUCUCGAAACCGCAAACUUCCUGUCUAUCUAUCUUACGCAUACUGGCACAGUGAUCUAUUUCGGUUGUUUAGGCAUAUACAUGUUGGUUGAUGAACUAGGUCUGCAAACCGGGCGCUUGACAUUCGUCGAGUAUGAAAUCAAUGGAACUGUGCAAGAAUCUGUUGAAAUCCGUCCAUUCAACAUGAAAAGCCCAAACUUACGCGCUCACCAUUGCGGAUCCCGGGGAAGACCAGAAGAUAUCAGACUUGACAUGGACCUACCGAUCGUCGAUAUUCUCUGUCAAGCCAAGGAAGUUGACAAACUUUCAAACACAAUGUUUCUAUGUGAUCGAGAGCAGUGGACCAGUGAUGUUGAGCUUUAUGCCCCGGGAUACUUGGCUCUGGAGGCCGAAGGGCGCGGAGGGAAGUACCCCCUGACCCGUCUCGCUGACCCAAACACUAUCACGGGCAUUAAGAAGCAGGUUAUGAUUGCGGUGGAAGACCCCAAUUUUUCACACGCCCGUUUUACAUGGCUUGCUCCGCGCCGACCAUGA